GGUUUGCACUCGCCGCGCAUUGCCGACGACUGUUCGUUGCUAACCGCGCGCAGACCGCCCCUGCCCUAGCCCUUGCGCUGUAGCUUGUUCGCCCGUGUCCACCUUGCCGAGAGGAAGUAAAUUUUGUCAAGCAACCGCAGUCUGAAAGCAUUAUGCUUAUCAAAGUUAAGGUGAGUCGAGAACAAACAAUAGAAAUCGACAUCGAACCCAACGACAAGGUUGAACGGAUCAAGGAGAGGGUUGAAGAAAAGGAAGGCAUCCCACCGGCGCAGCAAAGGUUGAUUUACAGCGGCAAACAGAUGAAUGAUGAGAAGACAGCGACAGAGUACAAGGUUCAGGGUGGCUCUGUACUACACCUGGUGCUAGCGCUGCGUGGUGGGCAGUGGAGCUCAUGCUGACAGUAGGAUGAACGGCUAAUUGGUUUCAGUGCAAGUGCACGCUACAUGUGCACCUUGCUUUUGUGAUUGGGCACUGGAAGUAAAUCUCACUUUAUGCUGCUUGUUUUUCUUCUGAAAUUUGAAUGCCAUAAUGCCAUGUUUCAUUCACUGCAUUAAACAAGCUUGAAAUGCA